AUGCGCCAACUCAGCUACUUUCCUUUUUUUUUGUUUUUCGUGCUCCUGAACCCUUCGAUAAAAUUAACAAGGAGCUUCAGUUUGUACCAAAACUUGGACCACGCGAGUGCCCCCACGUACUUGAAGAAGAAGCCCGACAUGUCGUACGACCUCAUAGUUAUUGGAGGCGGAAGUGGCGGCAUGGCCGCGGCGAGACGAGCAGCCAGGAACAAGGCCAAAGUUGCUCUCGUGGAAAAGGCCUACUUGGGAGGAACCUGCGUGAAUGUCGGCUGCGUGCCAAAGAAGAUAAUGUUCAACGCUGCAUCCAUCCAUGACAUCCUAGAAAAUUCAAGGCACUACGGAUUCGACACGCAGUUCAGCUUCAACCUGCCCCUUCUAGUCGAGAGAAGAGACAAAUACAUCAGGAGAUUGAACGACAUAUAUAGGCAGAAUUUGAAGAAGGACAAUGUGGAAUAUUUUGAAGGAAAGGCUAGCCUUCUUAGUGAGCAUAAAGUGUUAAUAAAAAAGGUACGUAAAGGUUGUUAUGGUGGGGACAAUGUUGAUGGAGGAGAAGAAGAUGAAGUGAUCGAGGGAAAAAACAUCCUCAUAGCAGUAGGAAAUAAACCCAUAUUUCCAAAUGUGAAAGGAAUUGAACAUACCAUUUCUAGUGAUGAUUUUUUUAAAAUAAAAGAAGCCAAGAGGAUAGGUAUAGUAGGUAGCGGAUACAUUGCAGUGGAGUUGAUUAACGUCACCAGGAGAUUAGGUAUCGAGUCGUAUAUAUUUGCUAGAGGAAACAGGUUGCUGCGCAAAUUUGACGAAACGGUUAUUAACGAAUUAGAAAAUGAUAUGAAAAAAAAUAACAUCAACAUCAUUACUCAUGCAAAUGUAGAAGAAAUAGAAAAGGUAAAGGAAAACAGUUUAACAAUUUAUUUAGCAGAUGGAAGAAAAUAUGAACACUUCGAUUAUGUCAUUUACUGUGUUGGUCGAUCACCAAAUACAAAAGACUUAAAUUUGCAACAGCUGAAUAUUGCAACAGAGAAGGACUACAUUCUUGUGGAUGAUAAUCAGAGGACAAAUGUGAAACACAUUUAUGCUGUAGGUGAUUGUUGCUUGGUGAAAAAAAAACAAGAAAUUGAAGACUUGAAUUUACUCAAACUUUAUAAUGAAGAGUCAUACUUGAAGAAAAAGGAAAACACUUCUGGGGAUGUAUUCUUCAAUGUGCAGCUGACCCCAGUGGCUAUUAAUGCAGGAAGGUUACUAGCUGAUAGACUUUUCCUUAACAAAACCAGAAACACGAAUUAUAAAUUAAUCCCUUCUGUUAUCUUUUCUCACCCCCCAAUUGGUACCAUCGGAUAUUCAGAGCAAGAAGCCAUUGACAUAUAUGGUAAGGAAAAUGUGAAAGUUUAUGAGUCCAGAUUUACAAACUUGUUUUUCUCAGUCUAUGACAUGGACCCUGCGCAGAAGGAAAAGACUUACCUCAAAUUGGUUUGCGUUGGUAAGGAGGAGUUGAUUAAAGGGCUUCACAUUGUCGGGCUGAAUGCGGAAGAAAUUAUACAAGGCUUUGCCGUCGCCCUGAAGAUGAAUGCCACCAAGAAGGACUUUGACGAGACCAUACCCAUACACCCCACGGCAGCGGAGGAAUUCGUCACCAUGCAUCCUUGGAUGAAGUGA